AUGGGCCUGUACUCAAACACACACCAGUACUCCUCCUACUCCCUGGGCCUGUACUCAAACACACACCAGUACUACUCCUACUCCCUGGGCCUGUACUCAAACACACACCAGUACUACUCCUACUCCCUGGGCCUGUACUCAAACACACAACAGUACUACUCCUACUCCCUGGGCCUGGCUUUAGUGUCACGUGGCAGUGUGGCAGAGUGGCAGAGUGGCAGUGUGGCAGAGUGGCAGAGUGGCAGUGUGGCAGUGUGGGCUUUAGUGUCACGUGGCAGUGUGGCAGAGUGGCAGUGUGGCAGUGUGGCAGGCUUUAGCGUGCCACAGUCUGCCCGUCGCUAUGCUAAGUCCAUCUGCCUGUCUAAUCGUGUGCAGCCACAGGCCCCGCACCGCUCCUCUCACAGUGAUCCUCCGCUCCCGGCCACAGGCCUCGCACCACCCCUCCCUCAGCGCCCCUCAUCCAGUGUGGAGGAGCAGGGAGGUGCUGCUGAGCAGCUGCUGAGAGUGGGAUGGGGGAGCAGCAGUCCAGUUUCUCCUCUCCUCCUCACUCUAACACACACAUUCUCUUUCCUCUCCUCUAGACACAACCAGAGGGUUCUGCCGGUGGAGAAGGACCCGGUCCAUAAGAACCGGUGUCACGUGAGGUUCCCCGAGCUCUUCUCCUCCUUCCCCUACCGGGUCAACGUGACGGCCAUCAACGCCCUGGGCAGCACACACACAGUCCUGUCCUUCGAGGAGAUCUCAAUAGUCAAACCUGACCCCCCAGAGAGAGUGGUGGUGACCCCCAUCCCCGACAGGGUGCGGCACCUGGAGGUGACCUGGAACAACCCGUCCACGUGGCCCGACGUGGAGACGUUCCCCCUGAAGUACUUCCUGCGCUACCGGCCCCUGAUCCGGGACGACUGGCAACACAUGGAGCUGACGGACACCACCCGACACACCAUCCUGGACGCCUACGCGGGGAAGGAGUACAUCAUCCAGCUGGCGGCCAAGGACAUGGAGAUCGGCACCUGGAGCGACUGGAGCGUGGCCGUGCACGCCACGCCCUGGAUGGAGGAACCCAGCGUCCCCAUCACCUCCACCACCGAGGCCGAGGUCAUCAUGGACACAGAAACCAUCCCCUCAACUGCCCCGCCCUCAGCCAAGACUGAGUCUCGAUUGGCCUCCGGAGUCUCCGCCCUUAUCUCAUCAUCCCACCUGCUUCUAGCGUCUGUCCUGCUGUUUAUCAUGUGAUGUGUGUUUCAUUCCCGUGGAAGAAAUUAAAGGAGAAAAACCUUCUAUUUCUAUUUCUAUUUUGCACAUGUUAAUGGAUAUCGUGUUAAUUUGAUCAUUUAAUUCAAGUUUCUCACAAAUGAAAAAUAAAAAAGAUUAAAAAAUGAUGAAAUAAAGUGAAAACAAAACAACAACAACAACAACAACACAUCAAAGAACAACAACAACAACAAGAAGAACAACAACAACAACAAGAACAACAAGAAGAAGAACAACAAGAAGAACUAUGAGAACUAACAAUUAAAUCUGCUCAGACACAGAUCUAGAAGAACUUUAGAACUAACAAAAAAAUCUGCUUCCACGCAGGAACACACUCACACACACACACACACACACACACACACACACACACACACACACACACACACACACACACACAGGGAAUCUGAAGAUUUGGGGACGUGACUUAAAGACAUUUUCUGCCCAGCAGCACAACAACAACUUUUCAUUCAUUUCAUUUUUAAUUGAUGAUUUUUUUUUUGGAAUCCCUUGAAAAUUCAUCCUGCAGUUUGCCAACGUCGUUUCGGUCGCCAUCUUGUUGUCAGCAACAUACAGCUAACUCAUCAUGCCAAAGACUUGUUCUGGGAAAAGACGUGAAAAAAAAGAGAAGAAAGUUUUUCCUGCAAUCCCUAGCUUCCCGAAGCCUGUGUCUGUGCACACAUACACACACACACACACACUCACACACACACACACACACACAGCUCUUUCUGUCUGUGGACCGAUGACAUACAGUGAGCAGAAUAAUAAAAAUAA